UCCAAAGUCCAAACACAGCGGCGGCUCCGCCUCUCCUGUCACCAGUCACCCGCCGUUCCUUGGCGGGACAUUCACCCAUUGGCGGGAAAUUCUCAUUUCGUUUCCAUCUCUCAUAAGAAAAUGUCCAAAAUACCCGUACAACACUUUCCCACAAAUCAGGUCAUAUAAAUACCUCCGAACUCCUCCUUUCUCUCUCUCCUCUCUCCACAAACAUUUUGAACUCUCUCUCCCUUCGCCCAAACCCUCGCGACCUUCCAAACCCAUGGCGAGGCCCUCGAAAUCAUCGGAAGAAGAAGACGCAUCCAACGGAUCAAAUUCCUCAUCCGAAGAGCAAAUCAACGAUCAGAUCAACGAGGAGGAAGACGAGGAGGAGAUCGAGGCCGUCGCAAGGGCCGGGGACGACGACGAAGAUAACGACGACGGUAACGGCGAUGACGAGGAUGAGGAGGAAGUAUUCGAAGAGAAGGCUGCGGGUGGUGAAAUUGGAAAGCGGGAAAAGGCCAGGCUAAGAGAAAUGCAGAAGUUGAAGAAACAGAAGAUUCAUGAAAUUCUGAGUGCACAAAAUGCUGCUAUUGAUGCAGAUAUGAACAACAAGGGAAAGGGGCGGCUCAAGUAUCUCCUGCAGCAGACAGAGAUAUUUGCUCAUUUUGCCAAGGGUGAUCAAUCUACCUCUCAGAAGAAGUCAAAGGGAAGGGGUCGUCAUGCAUCAAAGGUUACUGAGGAGGAAGAAGAUGAAGAAUACCUCAAGGAUGAAGAAGAUGGUCUCUCUGGGACUGGAAAUACUCGGCUGGUGGCUCAACCCUCUUGUAUUGAAGGAAAGAUGAGGGACUACCAACUUGCUGGAUUAAACUGGCUCAUACGCCUAUAUGAGAAUGGUAUAAAUGGGAUCCUUGCAGAUGAAAUGGGUCUUGGCAAAACAUUGCAAACAAUCUCCUUGUUGGGGUAUCUGAAUGAAUUCAGGGGAAUAACUGGUCCUCACAUGGUUGUUGCUCCAAAGUCUACGCUGGGCAACUGGAUGAAUGAAAUCAAACGUUUCUGCCCAAUUCUGCGAGCCAUAAAGUUUCUUGGAAAUCCUGAUGAAAGAAAGCAUGUACGUGAAAAUUUACUUGUUGCUGGGAAGUUUGAUGUGUGUGUUACCAGUUUUGAAAUGGCCAUUAAGGAGAAAUCAGCCUUGCGCCAAUUUAGUUGGCGAUAUAUAAUCAUUGACGAGGCUCAUAGAAUCAAGAAUGAGAAUUCACUUCUUUCAAAGACAAUGAGACUUUUCAAGACUAAUUACCGCCUCCUUAUUACGGGUACUCCGCUGCAGAACAAUCUUCACGAGUUGUGGUCUCUUCUGAACUUUCUUUUGCCGGAGAUAUUUAGCUCAGCUGAAACUUUUGAUGAAUGGUUUCAAAUAUCUGGUGAAAAUGACCAGCAGGAGGUUGUUCAACAACUUCAUAAGGUCCUCCGGCCGUUCCUUCUUCGGCGGUUGAAGUCAGAUGUUGAAAAAGGUUUGCCUCCCAAGAAGGAAACGAUACUCAAAGUUGGAAUGUCCCAAAUGCAGAAGCAGUACUAUAAGGCGUUGUUGCAGAAAGAUCUUGAGGUUGUAAAUGCCGGUGGAGAGCGGAAGCGUCUUCUGAACAUAGCAAUGCAGCUGCGUAAAUGCUGUAAUCACCCGUACCUUUUCCAAGGUGCUGAACCUGGCCCUCCUUAUACGACAGGAGAUCAUCUUAUUACUAAUGCUGGGAAAAUGGUUCUUUUGGAUAAGUUGCUUCCUAAACUAAAAGAACGUGAUUCAAGGGUCCUUAUUUUUUCACAGAUGACAAGGCUUCUGGAUAUUCUGGAAGACUACUUAUUAUUUCGUGGUUACCUGUAUUGUCGGAUUGAUGGCAAUACUGGUGGAGAUGAUCGCGAUGCUUCAAUUGAAGCCUUCAAUAAGCCAGGAAGUGAGAAAUUUGUCUUCUUACUAUCAACCAGGGCUGGAGGCCUUGGCAUUAAUCUUGCAACUGCAGAUGUAGUGAUUAUUUAUGACAGUGACUGGAACCCACAAGUCGACUUGCAGGCUCAGGAUCGUGCUCACAGGAUUGGGCAAACAAAAGAAGUUCAAGUGUUCCGUUUUUGUACCGAGUAUACAAUUGAGGAAAAAGUGAUUGAGAGGGCUUAUAAAAAGCUUGCUUUAGAUGCUUUGGUGAUCCAACAAGGGAGAUUGGCAGAGCAGAAGACUGUUAACAAAGAUGAGCUGCUCCAAAUGGUGAGGUUUGGUGCUGAAAUGGUUUUCAGUUCAAAGGACAGUACAAUCACUGAUGAGGAUAUAGAGCGAAUCAUUGCUAAAGGAGAAGAGGCUACAGCUGAGCUUGAUGCUAAGAUGAAGAAAUUUACUGAAGACGCGAUCAAAUUCAAAAUGGAUGACUCUGCUGAUCUAUAUGACUUUGGGGAUGAAAAAGAUGACAACAAGUUGGACUUCAAGAAAAUUGUCACUGACAACUGGGUCGAACCAUCAAAAAGGGAGAGGAAGCGCAAUUACUCCGAAUCCGAAUACUUCAAGCAAACAAUGCGCCAAAGUGGUCCAGCUAGACCAAGAGAGCCUCGAAUUCCUCGCAUGCCCCAGUUGCACGAUUUUCAGUUUUUUAACACGCAAAGGUUAAGCGAGUUGUAUGAAAAAGAAGUUCGCUAUCUCAUGCAAACAAAUCAAAAGAAUCAGUUAAAAGACACCACCAUAGACAUGGAUGAGCCAGAAGAGUUGGGAGACCCCUUGACUGCGGAAGAGCAGGAAGAAAAGGAGCGGCUAUUGGAAGAGGGAUUUUCUACAUGGAGUAGAAGAGAUUUUAAUACUUUCAUUAGAGCUUGUGAGAAGUAUGGUCGGAAUGAUGUAAAAAGUAUAGCCUAUGAAAUUGAAGGGAAGACAGACGAGGAAGUUGAAAGAUAUGCAAAAGUUUUUAAAGAAAGAUACAAAGAGUUGAAUGAUUAUGAUAGGAUCAUUAAGAACAUUGAAAGAGGGGAGGCUAGAAUCUCUCGCAGGGAUGAGAUCAUGAAAGCAAUUGGGAAGAAGUUGGAUAGAUACAAGAAUCCAUGGCUUGAAUUGAAAAUUCAGUAUGGUCAGAACAAAGGAAAGCUGUACAAUGAAGAGUGUGAUCGUUUCAUGAUUUGCAUGGUUAACAAGCUUGGCUACGGAAACUGGGAUGAGCUAAAGGCUGCAUUUCGCACAUCGCCUUUAUUCCGUUUUGACUGGUUUGUUAAGUCUCGAACAACUCAAGAGCUUGCAAGGAGAUGUGAUACGCUUAUUCGGUUGGUAGAGCGGGAAAACCAAGAAUUUGAUGAAAGAGAGAGACAAGCCCGUAAAGAGAAGAAGCUUGCAAAGAACACGACGCCAUCAAAGCGGGCACUAGCAAGGCAGGCAACAGAGAGCCCUCCAACUAUAAAGAAGCGGAAGCAAUUGUUGAUGGAUGACUAUGUGAACUCGGUAGACAGUUUUCCCCUAUGAGAAACUACAGGCUGUGUUUAUCAUUUCUUCUCUUCGCUCUGUUCUUUGGUAUGUUUUACAAGGUAAAAAGCUGAAUAUGGUCCUUUGUGCAGGGGAAGAAGAGGAAAUGAGGUGGAAGUACAAAGCUAUCAUCAUUUGUUGCGGAAGCCUCUAGUAUUUUGCUCGAAGCAUCUAGUAUUAUUGCAUCUAGAUUCGGUGGCAGGACUAUAUUUUUGGAUCUUAACCCUGGCUUGGCGGAAGCCACUGACGUGGCUAGGGAGUUAUAUAUUUAGAUCAUAGCGUAGGCUUACAAGUUAUGUAACUGAGUACUGGAUUGAAACCACUUUACUUCAUUCAUGAGAAUGGAUAUCGGUAUUUGGACCAUAUGAAACACUGUGAUCCGUGGUCUACCGUGUUGUAUCUCUUUUAUUGUUCAGAUCAUGCUUUCAUCUUGUUAUGCAUCUCAAGUGAAAUUUCCAGGAGUAUCAGUAGCUGCUUUCUAGUU